CUAGAACCAUGCGCACGCGUGAUCUUUGCUCUGAUAGACUUUACCGACGGUGAAAGUGUCUGUCGACGCACCUUUAUGUGUCCCACCUACAGCAUACAGCUUUGACAGUGUCUCCCUCAAUAUCUAGCUCGUCCCAAUCGGCAAAGGCAGAAAAGACCUACGUGCCCAGUAAUAGAUAGCUAUGGUUGACUACGAACGCCGUCAUCACGGGCCUAAGGGUGGUCGCAAAAGGCGCUAUAGAGAAGACGAUGACUAUGAUCGACGCCAGAGGCGCAGAUAUGAAGAACCUUUGGUUGCGAAGGUCCGAAGACAGCUAUUAACCAUUGCUGAAUCUGCCGCCAGAAGAGCCGAAGACGAUGUUGUGAAUAUUGCAAAAAGCGUCGCCGAGAAUUAUGAGGAUGAGGAGCUGAGACAGACCUUUGUUGAUAUUUCAGUUGACCUUGUCCUCGAGCAGCCCCUGAAAAUCCCCUUUAUCGCAGCGACGGUCUUGUCUGCCAAUGUCUACAGAUCGGAGCUUGUGUCCCAUGUCCUUACAAAAGCGAGCGAAUACUUGCAGCACUACAUCAACAACGGGGCGUGGCGUGAAGUAAAGCUUCUUCUCCGGUUUCUUGGAUGCCUACAGAUAUUAUAUGAAGGAGACGGCAUCUUUCCAAUCCUGGAAGAGCUUUUUGAGCGGGCCGUUGUUCUGCAGACAGCCUCUUCUGAAGAUUUGCUAGGACUGGAACUCGUGAAGAUAAUUCUCUUCACCAUUCCGUAUAUAAUGGCUUCUCCCAUAACAGGUUUUGAGGCUCGGGCAAAUGCCCUUCUUGAAAAGACCGACAUCAUUGCAUCGACCCCGCAUGCGUUGGUGGAUUUGGUUAAUCCGUUUAGCCCAGAAUAUGACACUCCAUCUGCAGCACAAAGCGUUAUUAGCCUUCUUCAAAGUCAACUCCAGCAGGAAGCCAGCCGGAAUUGGGAACUCUCAUGUCUUCCUCGACCGUGGAAAGGUGGACGCGACAAUGAAGAAGAGCAGAAACCCUUGGAUUCCGGCGCAAAGCAUGCAUUCCCUCAAAUAACUGUGCCCGACCCUGUACGAAAUGGAUCCAGAGCGAUUUUCCCUGAAGUUUAUAUGUCCGUGUAUUCCAACGAAGAGGUGGAAACUGUCCCUCCAACGUCAGAUAUUGCGUCAUCUCUGCUGCGGGACGCUCUUGUUGACACGAUCAACAUCCUUGACUUCAACCGUAUUGCCACUGCCAAGUAUCUCAUUGACAUUGACUGUUACUUUGCACCGCAUAUUUUCGUGAAGCGUGCAACGCCCUUUGACAGAUUACGCGAUAUCUCUGGGGACCGCCCGACGUGGAAGCCCGAAGACGUGGCCGUGGAUGCAGUUUUCUCCCAGUUAUUCCAACUUCCUUCCCCGCAGCACAAGCUUGUGUACUACCACUCAGUUCUCACAGAGUGCUGUAAGAUUGCACCGGCUGCUAUCGCUCCGAGCUUGGGGCGUGCGAUUCGUUUUCUCUAUCGCAGCUUGGAAACGAUUGAUCUGGAUUUAAGCCAUCGGUUCUUGGAUUGGUUUGCUCAUCAUCUAAGCAAUUUCGGGUUCACAUGGAAAUGGAGUGAAUGGAUCGAUGACCUUGAACUUUCCUCAGUUCACCCAAGGAUGGCCUUUAUAAUCGGCGCGCUGGACAAAGAGAUCAGGUUAAGCUUUGCCCAGCGUAUUAGAGGAACACUUCCAGACCCUUAUCAAGACUUGAUUACAGAAGGCAAGGAGAAAGAUACUCCCGACUUCAAAUACUCAUUAGACACCACACCCUAUGCCAACGAAGGCACAGAAAUUAUGCAGCUCAUCCGUAAGAAAGCAACUGAUGAUGAUAUUCUGCCAAUAAUCAAUGCUAUUGAAGAGCAAGCUAGGGCGAUGGGGGUUGAGGACCCUAUGCUACCUUCAACAGACGUGUUCGUCACAGCGAUUUGCUUCGUUGGGUCAAAAUCACUUUCUCACGUACUAUCUUGCAUUGAGCGAAACAAGGAACGACUUUUAGCCAUUGGCCCCAAGUCCACUCGUGCACGUCGCCAGAUUAUAACCUCUGUCAUGGAAUAUUGGACCGAUCAGCCAGGAAUCGGCAUCAAUAUCAUUGACAAGUUACUAAAUUACACUAUCCUGACACCGCUAUCCGUCAUUGAAUGGGCACUGGUAGACAAGCUCGAAGCCGGGACGAUUUUGGCGAGAACACAUGUUUUUGAGAUGGUAUCAGCCACUGUGGGAAAGGUCACCAACCGUCUGCGCCAAAUCGUUGCUGCACGGACGCAGCCGGGUCUGUAUGAGCCACAGCUGAGUGUUCUAGAUGAAACCUUAAACCGUGAGAAGACAGAUAUGCAGGCGCUCUUCAAGGUAAUUGAAGAUUCAAUUGUGUCAGUCGCCGAAGGCAACAACGAUGAAUUGAUGGAAAGGGGUGAUGGAAGUGGUGAGCUACCAGAGGACGAUAUCAUCAGACAAUGGGGAUGCCGGUGGCUGAGAGCGUUCAGGCGAAAGGCCGGCGUUGAGGAAUCAUUCAUUUCUGAAGCCAUGGCCACUGCAACUCCUAUCGGAACAAUGGCACCUCCGCCCCAGGAAGAAACCACGGCUAUGGAUGGUCCAGCAGAUGGAGAUCUAGACGUCGCGGAUGCAGAUGGGGCGGUGGAUGUCUCAUGAAUUUUAUCUGGGGGUCAUUGGGAGGCUUCGCAUAUUUAGCCUCUUCUGUCGGCAUUCUUUCUUGUCUUGGACAUUCUCCUAAACGAAGGGUAGCUGCAUACUUGUUUAUUAUAUAUGCUUUCCUUGUUUUAUUCUUUUUUCAUUUCGUUUUUCUCUCCUUCCAUUCUUUUUUCAAAUAAUGGAUGAAAAGAAAAGGAGAAGAAGAAAAGGCCAUCUUAGACUGUAGUUCAGGACUGGUUCGAUUACUCACCAGCUGGCAUUAGGAAUCUCGAAAGAUCUUUAAUUUGGCAAAAGUCACUACCAUAUCUCAAUAAACCCACUGCAUGGGUUGGGCAUUGUUAACACUAGAUGUUGAAAGUGCAGCAUAUAAAAACAAACUGUGAGUAUAACUGGGUUCCAUUCUUAAUAUGUAUACUUUAAUCUUGACCAAAACAUAUAAUAAUAAAUCACUAUUCAAUCUCAUAGGUGUAUACCUAUUGACGCUAUAUAUGACCGUACACUUAGUAUUCUGGUAAAAAAAUCAAGGUAGUGCAAUUAAAAUUUGG